CUGCAAUCACAUCUUGGAAAUACAACAUUCCAGACAUCGUUGCUUUUAAAAUUCUUAAAUCACGAACAAAGCUCAUAUCACCGCCAGCCUCAACACCGGGCAGUUGAGAUAAGGCGCAUCUUACUGGCAAUUAGCAAGGUAAACGCCGAUUUCUGGAAUAUUAGGGUCGAUAUCGAUGUAAUACAACAGCACGCUCAACUUUAUCUGCGGAAGAAAGAGGUGUUAUUCUGUUGGCGCCAAUAAAGAAAUCUAUUUCGUAUAAUGGAAAAUAGGAGUGCUAUGAACAUUACCACGCUUGGUGGCUAUCAAUUGACCCCCGAGUCUGUCACUGUGCCGAUUCUGUUCCUGAUUAUAUUCAUCCUUGGACUGAUUGGAAACGCCACGCUGUUAUACAUAGUUGUUCGACACCAAGACAUGCGCAACACACCUAAUUGGUACCUUGUUAAUCUGGCCAUUGGAGACCUUUUAUUGAUUUGUACGUAUGUUCCAUUCGCUGCAACAAUUUACACAGUCCAUAGCUGGCCUUUUGGUGAAUCCAUAUGCAAGCUAGGAAACUUCAUGAGGGUGUUGUCUGUCAGCGUAUCUGUGUUAACUCUGGCAUGGUUGAGCGAAGAAAGAUACGCAACAGCCGUUCAAUCGAACACAUAUAAGAUUAUCAACUCAACAAAAAUGACAAUUGGCAAGAUAUUAAGUGUCUGGUUGAUAGCUGUCAUUUUCGGGAUCUUAAAUGCCAUCAGCGCUAAUAUUCAAGACUACACCACCAAUGAUGGCGUUAAUGUUUCUUUCUGUUUACCUUUCCAAGAUAGUUGGGGUGAAGGAUACGCUAGCGCCUAUACUAUCGUGAGUUUCCUCAUUCUAUUCGCCCUGCCUCUAAUUGUUAUUGCCUUGUUUUAUAUACGACUAGCUUACUUUAUCGCAACCAAAUACAAGCGUACUCUUGACAUUCAAGAACUUCAAGGCCAGUAUAUGGACAUUGGUAGCUCUGACGAAGCAGAACAUAAGUUGAAACACGACGAACACACAACAAAUGAAAAUCAACGGUUCGCGUUUGUUGAAGAAGGGACAAGUCCAUGGCUGAUCCUAUGCCUCGUCAUCCUAUUCGUCAUGUGUUGGCUCCCUAGACACAUUUAUCUUCUUUGGUUCUAUCUCGACCCAUCUCCGUACAAUAUUUACUGGCACGGCUUCAAGAUUGCCGGCUUCUGUCUUAUGUUUCUCAAUUCUUGUGUUAACCCAUGUGCACUUUGUCUGUUGGACAGUCGAUGGCGGAAAUACUUCAAGCAACAUUUGUGCUGCAUACGUGGAUGAGGAUAUUUUGUUGAAGGUGUUGAAAGUGUCGACUUAUGCAAUAUUAGGUAUUUGAACAUUUGAACAGUGUAAAUGAACAAAAAUUAUAUUUCUGAAACCAAUGUUAUUCAGCUUG